AUGGAUUGGUAUUCUCAUCUUUGGAAGAGAAGAAUCGAUGAUGAUGAUGACCAAGUUGAGGAAUUCAUCAGAAGCUGGUGUGUUAGUGAAGAUUGCAAUGGGGGGAGAUGGAUUAAACACUACUUCAGCUUUCAUAGGAUACUCCUAGUGGGAAAAGGAAACCUCUCCUUCUCUGCUUGCUUAGCCAAAGCUUUUGGCCUUGCUACUAGCAUGGUUGUUACUUCUAUCGACUCUCUGGGCUUUUUGUCAGAGAACUACAAGGAUGCCCACUCAAACGUUGUUCAGUUAGUGAGGAGAGGCUGCAAUGUAUUCCAUGGGGUCUAUGCAAUGACAAUGGCUGACCAUUAUGCCCUCAUAGGGAUGAGAUUCGAUAGGAUAAUCUUCAAUUUCCCUCUCACAGGCUUUGACAAAACCUUAUCUCGAUCAGAACAGAUCAAGAGGAACCAAACUCUGUUAUCAAAAGUUUUCGCAAAUGCACUGGCAAUGCUAUCUUACGUUGGAGUAGUUCAUAUGGUUCACAAGACAAAUGGGUUCUUUCAGGAAUGGGAGAUUGAGAAGUUGGAUUUAAAAUGGGGUCUUCAUUUGAUAGAAGAGUCUGAAUUCAGCUUGAAGGAUUACCCAGGUUACAGAAACAAGUAUGGUAUGGGGAGACAAGGACUUUGA